AUGACCGAUGCAGAUGAGGAUGCUUGCAUCGAGGAGGUACGAUUGGAGCACUUCCACACCUGGCUCGAGGAAGCACAGAUCCGGCCCAGUGAGAUCCUGCACCUGAAGGGUUUCGGUGGGGAUGUGCCCAGCUUCUUUGACAAGGAGGCGGUUGCGGAAGCAAGCCGGUCUUCUCUGUUGGUCUGGGAUGGUGAUGAGCUCAAAGAAACAAGCUUUACCAGAUUGAUUCCGGAAUACCUGAAGUCUGGAGAAAGCCGACGAGUUGUUGCUUUCAGGAUAAACGAUUCUAUCGACAGCUUCAAGGCAAGCUGGAAGGAGGUUGCAGCCGCAUACCCCGGCCGCAUAGCUGUUGUGCCCGUUGACCUCGCGGAGCUCAUGAGUCGCCUUAGGCGAUAUGAGGCAGCCAUGAAGGAUAUACCACCGGGACGGCAAAAAUUUGUAAUGCUCGGCCGCCUGGCCAUUGAGGCCAGCGGCGCGAAGCAAGUCGUUGCACUUGGUGGAGGGAGCAUCAGCCAAAAGGAAGCUGAGCUCAGCUGCGGCGAGGACGUCUUCUGGACAGUCUUUGCCCUCAGCCGCGGAAAACCUGAGCAGGCACCUACUCUCAUGGACUGGGCUGCAACCCACCCGGACAUUGCAAGACUGGUUGGUGGCCAGGAUCCAGAUGAAAAGCUCGGCUUUUUCACCGAAUGCGGCAGAGAUUGGCAGGCUGAGGCAGGCUGGGACAGGCGGCAUCCAGCCGUUGGCGUUGCGACUUUGCAGCCAGCGACAGUGAUGCGCGUUGACGCUGCUGAAUUUGUGCCCCUCGCUGGAUCCUCCAGCGGUGAUGGUUCGGGGGAGCUGGAAACGGACUGUCUGCAGACAGUCCCGCCUUUGAUGUAUCGUGGCAGGCACCGCCAUGGGAGGUACAACGCGCCAGAGAGCACGGAAGCUGCGCCGAUCGAAACGUUCCUUACUCCUCAGCUCUUGGACGAGAUGCCGGAGCAAGCACACUCACUGCCUUUGUCCCCAAAGUCCGGCAAGGAGGCCCAAGAUGACGGUAGCCUUUCAGAAACUCCCGACAAAGAGUUCGUGUUCUUACACAACCACACAGGCUUCGGCGGCAGUCAAGCAGCGACCGCGACGACAGAUGAACGAUCACGCCACAGCGAGCUUACAGGCACUGGCGGCGCGGCCAGUAGCACAUGUCCAUCGGCAACUGCUGGAUGCAGCGCGGGUGUGCUCAGCGUUCAUGGUCGCAAGCUCCUGUGGACUCUUACAGGAAGGGAUUGUCAGAGCUGCAAUGAUCUCUUCGUGCUGGACGAGUGGCCUCAGGGCGAAGGAAGUGGUGUGAUGAAGGUCUGCGUUAGGUGGACUGCAGGCCGCAUGAUCAGGAUUCUAGCUUUCCGGCUGGUCGUGGUUCAAGGAAAGAGGGGCAGCUGCUGUAGCACCGACAACCGGCGACGGGCGAAAACGAAUCCAGAGCUGCAGCAGAUCCUGGCCCAUGUUUGGAGCAGGCAAGGCAGCGCAGCCUGCAGCACCGAUGAGCGAGCAAUCAGGACAAUGUGCACAACCGACCGAAAGCGAUUGGCGAAGCAGCUCCAGUGCAAGCAAUUUCCGAAGAGCGGCGGCAAGCUCCACAAAGAGAUCAAACAAGCGAAGUCCUGGAAACAUGCCUUGCAUCUGCUUUACGGUCAGGACCGUCGAGGCGUCCUGGCAUGUACUGCGGCCUUGAGCAAAUGCAGCUACCACUGGAAACAUGCCCUGCAUGUCUUGUCGGAUUUUGCCCCGUACGCCGUGGAGAGAAACACCGUCACCUUCAACGCGGCCACGAGUGCAUGCGGCAAGGGCCGCUGUUGGCAAGGUGCAUUGCAUCUGCACGAGACGCUACAAGGGAGUGGACUUGAGGCCGACACGAUUUCUCACAACGCUGUCGUGAGCGCUUCAGAGAUGUUCUCCCAGUGGAAGCGUGACAGCAUCACUUUCAACUCUGCGAUCUCUGCGCUGGAGAAGGGUGCUCAAUGGCGUGCAGCCCUCCUGCCCUUCACGAGCAUGUUGUGGCACGCCUGCCGCCCUAGUGUCGUGACCUACGGCGCGGCCGUGAGUUGUUGCAGCAAAGAAGAGACCUGGUUCGGGGCCUGGCAGCUCCUGGGGCAGAUGACCAGCAGCCAGCUGCAGCUCUCCAUCGUCGCUUGUGGCGCUGCAGUAAGCGGCUGUGAGAAAGCGGGCUCCUGGACGACGGCCCUCGGCUUGAUUACACAGAUGGAUCGCCGGAGCUUGUCCUCCAACAUCAUCUCUCAAAGUGCUUUGAUCAGUGCCUGUCAGAAGAGUGCCCGCUGGCUGUGUGCAGCACUGCUCCUCUCUGGGGCACAAGUCAAUGCGGUUCAAGCAGACCGGCCCAUGCAGAAUGCCUUGAUUUUUGCAUGUGCCAGGGAUAACCAGUGGGUCGGAGUACUAAGCUUACUCGACGCUUCGCCAAACCUGUCUUUGCAGCCGAAUGUCGCGACAUGCAACUCUGUCCUGGCAGCUUUUGAGGGUGGAGGCUGGCAAGAAGCCUCCUGCAUCCUUGCCCGCAUGAAGUCCCUGGAGCUGAAGCAAGACGUGAUAACACACACUUCUGUUUCCAGCAUCUUGGAGAAAGUUGUACAAUGGCGGCGCUCCUUGCACCUUCUCUUCAUUCAACGUGUAAGCCCUCAAGGGAACAGCGAGAGCUUGAGCCUGCUCAACAUGAACUCGGUCAUCAGUGCCUGUUCACGUGCAGAAAAUUGGCGGAUGGUCGCAACGAUGAUGGGCCGCAUGCAGGAUGAAUGGCUUGAGCCAGACCUGGUGACAUGCAAUGCAGCCAUCACCGCCUUGGAACGACGCUACGAGAAGGCCACAGAUAUGUUUGAUCAAGCCAUCUUGCGCAGUUUGCAGCCCAACGAGAUCACAUGCAACGCCUUGCUGACGUCAUGCACGAUCGGGCACUCGUGGCAAGCGGCGCUGAAGCUGUACGCAUGGAUGCAGAGUUCUGCCCUCGAGACAAACAUCAUCUCUUUUGACAUGGCUCUGUUGUCGUGCUGCGCUGGGGGUCAGUCCAAGCUGGCCCUGAACAUUUUAAACUCCGUGCAGCAGCAGUACUCAUCUGUACUGCGGUCUUGGAAGUGGUAG